AUGUCCUUCCGUUGUGGCCUCUUCUUUGGUCUCAGUCCUCAGACAAACGCCUACUCUACCAUCGUGACAUACAAGACCGAAUACAAGGAGCAAGCCAGUCCUCAAUAUUGUGCUAUCAUGUCGGCCUUUCACCAUUUCGAUCUGGGCGGAAUGCGCCGUUUCAGCGCAGUCGACCCGUAUCAGGGUCAGGAUAUACCUGACGAGCCCAAGGACGCCGAGACAACUUUUAUAUCCCCCGAAUAUGAUGCAGCUACUAUGGUGCGGUCUUCUACUCUUUCCUUCUCGGAUUCCUCUGUAUCAACCUUGCCAGACGACAUGAAAUCCGAGGUACAGCUUAUGUUGAGGGAAAAUGACCAAUUUCGCAUCGUCCAGGAGAACCCUCAGGAGCUGUUACAGUCCGGUGGAGAGAAUGGAGAUGAUGAAUUCAGUGAUGGAACCGAUAUGGAGUCGUUCGGGUCUGUUGACGAACAACAGGGAAAUCUAGGGCUUAAUGAUGAAUACUCCUUUAUUUCCUUUUCACGCUCUGUCCACUUCGCUCCAACUCUUGAAACCGUGAUUCCAACCAAAACAUACGACUGGGAACUGGAGCCCCCUACCGAGCCACUACCAUCAAUGACUCUCCAAGAGAAGAUUCAAAUUGCCAUCGCAGCAAAGGCAAGGUACUCGGAUCCCGCAAACUUUGUCUUCGACGAAGACUACGAGGCCGAUGAGCAUCCCCACGACAGCAUCGACCUCGACAAGAAGCUUCUAAUAGCUUACAUCAACGGCCUGCGUACUAUCUCUACUCAUGUCUGCAAGGUCAUGCUAUGCUCCCGCACACUCCCCAAGGACCAGAAGGGAACCGAAGGCGUGGAGCCGGACAUCACCUUAUUUGUCAACGAAUACCUCGAUAGGAUCUCGAGCCUCCUCCUGGGUUUCUUCCCUAACUUAUUUGACGAGGCCAGGUUUGUGGACAUCCUUGAGUCUACUAUGACGGCAGUGUCAUUUGACGACGAGGACAAAGUGAUCUACAGGCCCGGGCUGAAAGAGGCUCGAGAGCUUAUUAAAGAUGCCUUGGAGGAUACGCUUGAUGUGGGUGACAUGUAUAUGGCCGAUGACGUUACUCGGUGGCUCGCCAGUGAACUUAUUGAGCCGCUCGGUCAUCGGGCGAUGGGGCUUGAGAAGAAGUGA